AGAUUUCCCAAACGCCAAAAGAUCGAUGGACGCGGUCGGCUACAACCAGCUCUAUGACGAGCCUCUGCUGGACCGCAGCAUCAACGAGCCGGCGCCAAGCCUCGGCGGCUUGAGCCUCGCGUCCGUCAUCACGCAGCUCAACUCGUUCCUCGCCGUGCUCUGGCCCGUCUUGAUCACCAUGGCGCUCACAAGCCUUGUGGCCGUUUCGGUGCAAGAUAGCGAGACGCAGGCCGCGAUGAAUCAAUACCUCUAUUACAAGGACAUUGACGCGUCGACUGCGACGGCCGGCACCAAGACGAUGGAAGCGCUCACGAACGCGCUCGUGGUCAUCUUCUUCAUUGCGAUCGUGACCUUUGUCGUCGUCUUGCUCUACAAAGUCAACUGCAUGAUCGGACUCACGGGCUACUUGAUGCUAUCGUCCUCGACGCUGCUCGGGCUCGUCGGAAGUGCGCUCGUGCAAAAGAUUUUCUGCGGUCUCUUCCACUGGCGCCUCGAAGUCUACGCGACGUCGCUCAUCAUGUACAACUUUGCCAUCGUCGGGACGGUCAGCAUCUUCUACCAGAAAGGGGUCUCGCCCAACGUGGGCCGAAUGUACCUCAUUCUCACCAGCGUCAUCAUGGCAUGGCAGCUCUGCCAGCUGCCCGAGUGGAGCACGUGGGCGAUUCUCUUCGCGUUGGCUUUUUGGGAUCUCUUUGCGGUCUUGACGCCGUGUGGCCCACUGCGGUGCUUGGUGAACUUGAUCCAAUCGGAAGGGCGACCGAUGCCAGGUCUUCUCUACGAAGCCGAGAUCCAUGACGGGCACGUGCGCAAGCACAAGGCGCGGUCGCUGCCAAUGGCACCGGCGGCCUCGAGCGACACGGAGAUGGUGCAGCGUCGUAGCGACGACGCAUUCCAAACAUUUGAGUCGCAAUUGCGCGACUUUUGUGUCGAUGUGGGAUCGCCCAACGGCCACCACGUCCGCACGGUCGCGUUGCAGUACGUCGACCGGCAAACAGACUGCUGGCGCAUGCUGUACACGAAAUACAACAUCACGUUUGUGGCCGCGCACAAGUCGUAUCCAGACGUCGCGCUCGUCUUUGCCGACGCCCAACGUAGCGAGCGGGAAACCAUCAAGCUCGGACUCGGCGACUUUAUUUUUUACAGCGUGCUUGUGGCGCGCGCGGCCAUGACGGGCUUUGCUGCCUUUGUCGCGUGCUUUGUGUGUGUCAUCAUCGGACUCGCGGCCACGAUGUACCUGCUCGCCCACUUCAAUGCGCUGCCGGCGCUGCCAAUUUCGGUGCUUCUUGGCAUCUUCUGCUUCUUCCUCAUGGUCGAAGUGGGCAGUCCGUUCGUCGACGCGCUCGUUUUUCGGGGCAUUUGUUGAUAGAUUUCCGCCAUAUUGCAUGAUAAAACACUCUCAUUUCGUCCA